AUGGAUUCAAAGGCACGGCACAACUGUGUGGAUGAUGAUAAGUACUUGCAUCAGGCGCGUCAAGAGAUGGACAAGAAUAUGCAGCGGGAGCAAGAGGUGAUGGACAAGAAUCUGAAGCAGGAGCGGGCAACCGUGGACCGCAUGAGGAAGGAGGAGCGUGCAGCCAUGGAACAGAUGAUGAAAGAGGAGCGUGCAGCCAUGGAUCAGAGGUUGAAGCAUUUCCAUGACGAUAUGGACCUAAGGUUGAAGCAGGAGCGCAAGAACUUGGAUCACGCUAUGCAGCUCGAGCGUGGCAGGAUGGAAUUCAAUAUCAUGCAGGCGCGUGCGAACAUGGACCUUAUGUUGAAGCAGGAGCGUAAUGACACGAAUCACAAGACCAAGAUGGAGGAAAUCCGCAUGGAAGGGAAUAUAAUGCAAGACCGCAUUCUACAACUCGAGCGUGGUAAGAUGGGCUUCAAUAACAUCCAGACGCGUGUGGGCAUGGACCUUAACUUACCACAUGACCGCAAUGAUCUGGAUUACAAGGCCAAGAUGGAGGAGACCCGCAUGAAAGGAAAUACGAUACAGGACCAUGCUAAUACAUGCCUGAAGGAUGACAAGGCCAAGAUGGAGGAGAUCCGCAUGAAAGGGGGUAUGAUGCAAGACCAUGCUAGUAUAGGCACGAAGGAACAACAAGACAUCCCUACACCAGAGCAAUAUGUCUCAUCAGUACCUCUACAUGUAGAACAAGAGAUCUGUACACCAGAGCAAUCUGUCUCAUCCUACGUAGUUGUAAUGCAAUUUAUUGUUCAUGUGGACGAAGAACUUUCUCAUGUUCCUGAAGCAUACCACAACAAGAAACCUGGUAUGAUGACAGUACUUGAACCUGCCAAGGUGGACUGGCAGAUAAUGGUGAAAAAUUUGCGUUACCAUGGGUACAAAGGGGAAGCAGAUUUGUACUACAUCAAGCCUGGGUGCGUACCACCAGAAGGAAUGGUAAAGAUGUCAGGCCAGCAUGACGUCGAUGAAAUGUUGCACACUUUAGAAGGGAUAAAGAAAUGUCAUUUUUACAUUGUGAAGAAUUGUGCAUUCCCAGAUUAUAGCGACGAUGACAUGUCUGAACAGGACAUGUCCGAAGAAGACAUAUAUGCAUGUGGGUACAUGGAUAUCGGCAAGAGGGACAUGGGAGAAUAUGGGUCAUCGCCCAAAAGGAAGAAAAUUGCAGAUAACAAUACGAAGAAAGCAUUGGAUUUCGGCAGCAGUGAUGAGCCUCUUCAGUAG